AUGCUCAUCAAUGAGGAUGAUUAUAGUGAUAACGAUUACGAUAGCGAUGAUUAUAGUGAUAAUAAUUAUGACAGCGAAGAUUAUAGUGAUGAUAACAAUUAUGAUAGCAAUGAUGAUUAUA